AUGGAAAGAAAUUUAUUAAAUUGGUUAUUUUUAAAAGGAAAAAUUGAUGGUGAUUGGAUUUUAGAAUAUGUAAAGAAUUUAUCAGAAAAUGGUUUACAUAUAUCAUUAAAAUCACUUUAUUUAUAUUGUAAAUUUCAAAUUAAUUUUAUUGAGGAAGAAAAAUUUGUAAAUUCUUAUUUAAUUAAAGAAUUGGAACAAAUUAACUCAUUAAAAGAUAAUCAUGAAUUUAUAUAUAGUAUUCAUGAUAAUUUUAUUAAAAAUAAAAUCAAAGAAUUAGAAAAAUGUUUUAAUAAUAAAAAAGAAAUUGAAAAUUUUACAAAACAACUAUUAAUUUGUUUGGAUAUAAUUAGAAAUAAUAAAAAAUUAUUAAUUAAAAAUGAAAAUUUUAAUUAUUUUAAUUUAAAAAAUAGUGAACAAAGUGGUGAAACUUUUUUAAACAAUAUCUGGAGAAAUGGUUUAAUUAAAGAGAAAAUAAUUUAUUAUUUAUCAAUUUUUAAAAAUAAUAGAUUUAAAAAGAAAUUUACAUCAAUUAAAGAAUUGGAACAAUAUAAAUUUAAAGAUUUUUUAGAUUAUGUUGAAUUAUCACUACCAAAUAAUAAUAAUAAUAACAAUCAAGAUAGUGAAUUUAUAAAUGAUUAUUUAGAGAAUCAAUUACCAUUGUCAAUUAGAAAAUUACAAAUUAAUAGUAAUUUUUAUAGUGGUGGUUAUUAUUAUCAAGGUCAACCAUAUACAAGAUAUAUUAAACCUUUAUCAAUAUCACCAUCUGUAACUUAUUUAGAUUUUAGUUGCCAUGAUGAAAUAAAUUCUCAAAUUAAUAUGAAAUAUGUUGAUUUUAAUUUACCAAUUUUAGAAAAUUAUUUUUUUUUAAAAAAUAAUAAAGAUCAACAACAACAACAACAAGUUACAUUUAAAAUAUUACAUUUUAAUACAAAUUUUGAUUCAAAAAUUAAUAUUGGUGUUAUUCCAGAAGGUGUUGAAACUAUUGAUUAUACUACAGGUUGUAAUCCAAGAGAUGGUUUACUAAAAUCUGAACAAUUUCCAAAAUCUUUAAAAACUUUAAAUUUCAAAAGAUUAAAUUAUGAACCACUUAAAAAAGAUGAUUUAUAUUGUAAAAAUCAAACAUUACCAACAACAAUUACAAAUUUAUACUAUGAUACAAAUACUAUAAUUGAUGUAAAUUUCUUUCCUCAAUCAAUUACAAUUUUAAAAUUGGGUAAUACAAAUUUAAGUUAUGGUGGUUCAAUGGAUAUAUUAAAAGCUGGUGUUUUACCAUCGAAAUUGAUUGAAUUGGAUCUUGGUGGUUAUUUUAAUGAAAUUGAGGAAAAUGUAUUACCAUCAACUUUAAAAUCGUUAACAUUGUGUGAUGGAUAUAUUAAAACUAUUAAACCAAGAUGUUUACCAAACUCAUUGGAAUAUCUUUCAUUUCACGGUGACGAUAGUGUUGUACCAAAAGUAAAUGAUGGAAUGCAAUAUUUAACAUUGAAAUCAGUUUUCAAAAAGAAUCAACCAUGUUUAAUUAAAGGUUCAUUACCAAUUGGUUUAAAAACUUUAAAGCUAUCUUCUCGUCAAUCAUUUUUAGAUAUAUUAAUACCAGAUGUAAUAACAAAAUCACAUUGCUCAUUAACUAAACUAUCAAUUAUUCAACAUAAAAUCUAUGAUUAUCAAGAUCAACUUGAAUUAUCAGAAGAAGGAACUACCUUAAAAAUUAAUAAUUGGAAAAAUUUAAAAUUUAAAUUACCACCAAAUGUUAAAAUAAUUAAAUACUUUUCAAAUAGAUAUUUUCAAUUUUUAGAUAAUUCCUUACCAUUAACUCAUUUUAAAACUCACUCUAAAACUGAAUUUCUUUAUAAUUCUGAUCCAAAUUAUUCAAUAUCUUUAAAAAUGUGUAAAGAUCAUGUAUUAUCUCAUACUAGUUAUAAAAAUAAUAAAAUAAAAUAA